AUGAAACCUAUAUGUGACAUGGUAAUGGUGUGCCCAUCUCCAGAAAAUGUUGUCAGAUUUAUAGCAAUUGUAUCAGAACUUAAGAAAGAGGAUGUUCAGGAACUACAACAGUAUUUUCUGUUUCCAUUUAUCACACAUAUAAGAUCUGCCGAGAUUAAAACUAAGUAUGAACAGCAAAGAGUUAUUAUUGAUGCAAUGAGGGUUGUACUGGAAAAAAUAACAGUGACCAGCUUUGAAAUGUGCAUGAAAAUUGAGACAGGCCUCCUGACCACAAUAUUCGAUAAAACUAAACCAGGCAUGAUUGCCGACAUACCAGAGGAGUUGAAACUAAGUAUAAUGAAAUGCCUUACUGCCCUGAUGUUGCAUAUUGAUUCACCUAUUAGGCUGAAGCUUUUGAACACCCAAGUUCCUUUAUUAGCGCAGACUGUUUUUGUAUCGGUACACAUGGCAAAGCUUGAAAAAUUCCGUGCAUUGAGGCUGGCUGCUAUCCACAAUGUAACAGCACAUACCAUUACACACGAGCAACUUACAAAUGAUAAGUACCAUUUAAAAGAAAGCAACCUCGAGCCAUUGGUAUUAGAUAUGCUGUCAGGAAUUCUGCCUGGUGUUUUAGCAGCUUUACAGGAUGUUGCUAUGUGCAAAGAAAAUCCAGGGCAUGCAAUUGUUGUGGCGGCAUUAAAUGCCACACACCGUGUGCUCUGCUUGACGAUGCACGACAAACGCUUACAGAAAAAAACAGACCUGACUCCCCAGGACUUUGCGAACAUGAUUGCGGUUAAAUGCAAGCCCGUAGACAAUGAUGUAAGCAGAAAGGCGAAGGACUUCGUGAGGCGGUCGCCUGAGUGGUACGCCAUGGCCGGCGAGAAGCUGACCCUGGUGGUCCGCAGCCUGGUGCCCCUCCGCACCCACGAGCACUACAAGGUUCGACUCGAGCUCGCUGUCCUCUGCUCGCGGAUACUGAACGAGUGCAACGCGGCGCUGCAGCCGUCGAUCCCGGUGGUGCUGGACGUGCUGAUGUCAUUGGCACGGGACCCCCAGCCGGAGGUGGCGGAGUUGUGCGGCCGCGCGGUGGACUCUUACCUGGCGGCGACGCCCCCCAGUGGCGCCAGGGACACCCUGGAAUGCCUGCGUGACAACUUGCUGGCGACGCUGACCAACCUGCCCAGGAUACUGAACAACAUCGACACGGGGCGCAAGCUCGCCGCGCUCAACCUGGUGCACGGCUACGUGCGCGCGCUGAGCGGCGGCGCGCGGCCGCAGCGGCUCACGGCCGCCGUGACGUCACGCGCCACGCUGCACGCCCUCUGCGCCGCGCUGCGCCACGCCGCCACGCACCGCACCCACCCCGCCCUGCUCGUGCCGCGCACGCAGAUCGGUACGCGAGUCUCGACUCUAUUUCGCAGCGGA